CGCGCGCAUCAGUGUGUGUGUGUGUAUGAGUGUUCCUGUGUGUAUAUGUGUGUAUGUACAGUCAGUCCGAUUUUUCUGCUGGAGAAGAGAAAAGGAAAAGGGAUUUAAAAAACAAACAAACAAACAAACAACAGAGAAAGAUAUGCAUGAUUUCGCAAAGCGUUCAUGAUGGGGAGCUCGUGCGUGCACGCGACGCAUGCGUGUGUCCGCGCUUGCGUGCGGUAGGAGGAGAGAAAGACGCGGGGAAAGAAAAGAGAGAAGGAAGGAGGGAUUCGGCAUCGCAGCGCGAGCCUAGUAUUUAAUCCACUGAGUGCUGUGUAUUGUGUGUUAAUCGCCCAAUGGAAGAAAUGGAGCGAUGAAAACCAGAACUCACAAAGAGCCGAUGCCCGUACGUAGUGGGCGAAGGCGGGGUGGCAGUGAGGAGCGGAGGGGGAGACGUCCACAUCCUAGCCCAUCUCGAGCAGAACGAAAUGAACGCCAAACACAGAGAGCUGCAGGAGAAGAGCUUGGUUGCUUUAACAGACGACCACAAGGACAGGAUUCAUCCGAAAGUGAUGUAGAGCGGACUAUUCCUCCCCCGAAGAGACAGAAGGUCCAGGACUCUUUGUCCAGUGCCCCAACAUCAACCCAUUCAACUGGCACAACAACUUCAGCACCGCAUCCAACUUCAUGCAACACCCAGUCACGGGAAAGCGACAACGAAGAUGGCCAGUCACAAGGCAGUCGCAGCUCUGCUGGAGGAAGCUUAGCUAAUAGCAGCAGUAGUAUUAGCAGUGGACGGGAUAUCGAUCAGGACAAUCGAUCCUCUUCACCGAGCCUCUCUGGCUCCCCAUUGGCCAGUUUGGACUCUGAAUCAGACUCACCAGAUUCACCAAAGCAAGCCGGGAAGGUGAAAGAAGGAGUGGUGCCUAAACAGGGAGGAACAGGAAGGGGCAAUGACGGUGGUAGCGGAGAAUGUCGGGACAAUGAGGGGGGGAAGGAAGCAGAUUUAUCAGUAUCAGUACUGAAGUCACCAUCAUCUCUUUGUCCUUUGAGUGAGAGCAGCAGUGCCAGAAAAUCCUACUUUACAGUUGACCCCAAAAUAGCACCCAAGAUGGAGCUCUCCGGUGUUGUGGGUGAUGAGGCAUUACAUGGCGGCAGCCGCUGCAAUGUCAACCCCAAAACGGCCUCUCAGUGUGGAGGAAAGAUGGUGGUUGGUGGAGCAGAGUAUCCCCAUGGAAAUCCCAGUGUUAGUCAUGCCUCCUCCACUGCUCUUCCACCUCCACCUGCUCUGAAGCCUCUAGAGGCAGGCCAAAGUGCACCUUCUGAUGUUAAAAUGGAGAAAGUUGAGAAAUGCGACAAGGCUCCACCCUCUCUGCUUCCACAGGCCACCUCCUUACCCCAACAGGCCCCUCCUCCUCGCCACACUCAUCACUACAGCCCUACUACAUGGUCAGGCAGUGCUGUUUCCACUUGCCCUGGAAACUGGGGAUAUACACGUUACCCAGGUGUCCACCAUGCACCUGUGCAACAGCAACAAUUGCCCUCUGUCUACAACCCCCCCUCUUCCGCCCGCCACUCAUCCCACCCCCCCUACCUGCCCCACCCACACCCACCCCACCCACACAGAGAGUACUUGCCCAGGUACAGCAGUCCAGCUGAGCGGGACAGGGCUGCACGGGACAUUGCAAUUAAGGACGGCACUGGUGGUUCUGGUGCACAUAACAGUGCUAACAUGGGAAGUGACUUUGUGACUCCCGUUCCUGGACAGAACCGAGAAUUUGGAGCACCAGGCCGAGAUGGACCAUCGGGGGGUCGAGAAUUCCGACCGGGAUUCCGGGAAAGGGAUGCACUGAGAGACUUCUCUUUGCAGAAUCAGAACCAGCAGCAUGUAGCACAGAGCCGGGACUUUGGACCUGGUGGGUCAAGUGGGGCAGGAGGUGCAGGUGGGUGUCACCCAAGAGAUAAGGAGGGAAGAUGGGGAGAGUUUGCAGGCCAGAUAAGGGACGUAGGUGGCAACAGCAAUGCAAGUAAUGUCAACCAAGUAAAUGUUAGCACUUCAAGCUCCAGUUUACCAUCUAGUUCUCCACAAAACAGUUCUGCCACCCCAAACAAAGACUUUCAGUCUACAGUGGAGCAGGCGGGGCAAGGGCAUCAAGGACAUCAAGUCCCUGCUACUGGGUCAGAUCCUCCCCCCACUGCACACUUCCUAAGGGAAUACCCUCCACCAGAGACCAAGGAAUACCCUCCAGCAGGGGCUCAACCUUCAUCUGCCCCUCAUCCUGGUCCUUCCAGAGAAUACCCAAGUCCCACUAGACUUGCUUCAAAUAUGGGUCGGGAUUUUGCUGGAGGGCCUGCUGUUCCCCACCCACACUAUCUGGUCCAGCCAGGCCUGACAGUCCAAUCUAGGGAGAGAGAAAGAGAGAGGGAGAGGGAACGAGAAAGAGAGAACAGUGCUCCGUCUUCCAUUUAUCACAAUCGUAAUCACCCACCAUCUCUUUCUCCUUCCUCAUCUUCUUCCUCACAUGGACACCAGCUUCCUGCCUCAUAUCCCCCAGCUUCCCACAGCCAGCAGCCUCUUCCACCAUCCACACUUCCACCUAGUCAAACUCGUCCAGGGCAGUACCCCUCAUCCAAUCAGAGUCCACCCACUACUCUGUCUCCACUUCCUAGUCCAUCAACAAAUCAAAUGGGAGGAUUUCCCCCAUUUUCAUCAACUUCUGCACCUUCUGCAUCAGGUGCAGUCACUUCCUGUCUGUCUGGGUGCCGACCGGCUCCUUAUCAUGGCCCUUUAAAUAGUCAUGCUCCUUUUGCUGGUGCUUACCAUGGCAAUAGUAACCAUAGCAGCACUGUAGCUACCAGCAAUCCAAAUAGCAACAAUAAUGUUAACAGUCACAUGCAUUCGCCUACGCCCUCCAAAAUCCAACCACAUCUCUGCAACCCUGUUGCUCCACCCAGUAAUGCUCCCACUGGUGCAGACAGCCAAUCUGAAUCAUCAUCUUGUCCUUUGCCACCACCUGUCAUAAAGGAGGAGCCAAUAGAAGAGAGGGAGGAAACUGACAGUCCACCAACUGUGCUCAGAAGCCCCUCGCCUGAGCCAAAGGCUAUCGAUAUUCCAAUUCAUGCCAGCCAAUCUGCUCGGUUUCACAGGGUUCUAGAUCGUGGCAAUGGGAAUUCCUGUGCUCGCACCGAUGUCCUGUUCAUCCCUCUGGACGGGUCUAAACUCUGGAAAAAGAGGAACGAGGCAAUUGAACGAGCCAGGCGAGAGGUGGAACAGAGAGCUCGGGACCUGAGAGAGAAGGAGAGAGAGCGAGAGAGGGAGAGAGAGCGGGAGCGAGAAAGAGAGAGAGACCUGGAGAGGCACCUACAGCAGAAGGAAAGUAACCCUGCAGCAGUUCCCCGUCAGGGCUCUUCUCUCUUCUUCUCUCCUUCCUCCUCUCUUCUCCUGGAUCCUUCCUCAUCCUCCUCACCCUGUGUAAACCCCUCCCACCACCCUGCCCACCACCCCGCCCACACAAUUCACCCAUCCCAUGCCCACUCUCUACACCCUUCCCUCUCCCAUUCCAUCCCUCACUCCCUUCUUCUACCGUCUGUUGGAGGUCUCGGUCCAUAUCUUGGGCCUGAUACACCAGCAUUGAGGACACUGAGCGAAUAUGCCCGUCCCCAUGCAAUGUCACCACUUGGCACAGCCAAUCGGGCUCCACCCCAUUUUCACCCCCACCCCCAUCCACAUUCACACUCUCAUGUCCACCCCUCCCUCUUCCUGCCCCAAUUCCAAAACCCUGCCCUUGCUCAUCCACAUCACCUUCCUGCUGAUGCUGCCACAGCCGCAGCCAUCCUUGGAUUUCUUUAUGGAACCGGCUUGGAAGGAGGCCACGGCCACCCUGGGCCGGGGCCGGUGGCAGGGCCUGGCCCGGGUGGAAUGGCAGGGCUAGGGGCCGGCCUUGGAGGUAUGGGGUUUCCACACUCUGUGACAGCUCACAGGGAGCGAGUAAAGACCGGGUUUGACUUUAAAAGUGAGUUUGACUCACAUACACACUCUCAUUCGCACUCCUUACUGUUAGGAGGCGGGGCUGGUGGUGGAGCUCCAACCAGUGAGGUUGCCCUUUAUGGGACUCCUCCACCUCCGGCUCCACCUCCUCAAGCCCUUGCUACAGUUGCAAGAAAUCCGAGUGCUGUCCCUCAGCCUUUGUCAACCCCGCCUACUUCUUCUUUAUUACCACCUUCCCUACCUAGUCAUGCCCCUCCCACUGUAAACCCUAUAGGUCCUGCCCCUCCCCCUCCUCCUCCUGCACCUCCCCCUCCUCCUCCUGCACCCACGGCUUCUUCUCUCCAUCACCCCUCCUCUCACUCCUCCCACCCUACCCAGCCCCCAGCCCCUGAAGGUUACUCCGCCCCGAGCCGGACUCCACCUAGUACCGAGAGAGCAAGGAGCGUGGAGAGAGAGCGGGAGAAGGAGAGAGAGAGAGCACUGCCGGGUGGAGACAGGGAAAGAGGAACCCCAGCAACCCCAGUCGGGGGUGGAACUUCAGGAGGAGGUGGGGCAUCAGGAGGAGGCGGAGCAGGAGAGUCUCUGGGGCGACUGCAAAUGCUAAAUGUGACUCCACAUCAUCACCAGCACUCACACAUUCACUCUCACCUGCAUCUACAUCAGCAAGAUACAGCGCCUAGCAGCGUGCACCCGCUCAUUGAUCCGUUAGCGACGGGAGCUCCGUUACCACGGCUACCGUAUCCAGGAUCCAUCAUCACACACCCGCUCACAGAGAGCGAUGUACUGCGACAGCAACUCUUCGGCGCUCCGUUCCGUGAUUUACCCCCCCACUCCUCCAUGCAUCAUCAGAACACAGAGCUACAGAUCCAGAGACUUGCACUGGAGCAGCAGUGGAUCCAUCACCACCAUCACUCUCUCACACAGGAAGAGUAUUACAGCCACCUGAAAAAGGAAAGCGACAAAACGCUGUGAGUGCCGAACCGAGCGACGGAGAAACACGGGAAAGUGCAAAUAUACAAAUGAAGGACGUGACGGGAGUGAUCACAAACUCUUGACACGCAACACUAACACAACAACACCACAGCGGUCCGACAGUCUGAGUGCGCACUACUGACGCAUCAUUUAUCAAACACUAAUGUUACUCCAACAUGACAGUACUGCCAGUUCUGAUUGGCUGAGAAUGACUACACACGAUAAUGCGUAUACCAAAGCUAUGUAAAAUACUAGUUUUUGAUUGUAGGUGACCAUCAUGUUAUGUAAACAUCAUCAUGGGUGAUUUUAGGUGGACAAAGGGGCCACAAUUCGGCUGUGUCCAAGAGAUAUGGUCAGGCCCAUAAGUAUUUGGAUAGCGACAGAAUUUUUGUCGUCUUGCCUCUGUACACCACUGCAAUGGACUUGAAAUGAAGCCUUCGAGAUGUGAAGACGUGAAGUAUAGUCUUUCAGCUUUAAUUCAAGGGGUUUAACAAAAAUAUCGCAUUAACCGUUAUUACAGGCUCAAAAGUAAUCGGACAGCUGACUGAUGUUUCAUUGCCAGGAAUGGCCUGUUUCCUCGUUAUUUCAGGACAAAUUAAGGAUAUACAAGGUCUGGAGUUGAUUCUGCUAGGAGUUGGAACUCUCCAAUUACGUUUUCGCCUGUGAAAAUGGAGGGACUCUGCCAAAAUUGACUAUAAUUCCUAAUCGUUUACUGCGAUAGUUUUGUUAAACCCCUUGAAUUAAAGCUGAAAGUCUACACUUCACAUCUUGAUUGCUUCAUUUCUGAUCCAUUUCGGUGGUGUACAGAGGCACAAUUACGAACAUCGCGCCACUGUCCAAAUACUUAUGGACCUGUCUGUACGUCAGUUUUUUGUGAAGCAAGUGUUUUUCGAGUUAAGACUUAAAGUACAUGCUUAAGCCUGAAAAAAAGAAAGCAGACUAAUAAAGUGGAUCACAUUUUGAGGGUGAAAUAUUCUGUCAAUUACAACACAGUGACAAUUCAAAAAAAGUACAUUUUAGACCUGUACCAUAUACCAAUAUACAAAUGAUCAGUCAAAUAAACACUUAAUAUAAAUAUUAGCUUAAUAUACUGCGCUGACAUGGAUAUCUCUUGCAAUUUGGUCCAAAUUUAACAGUUUUAAGUUCCACAUUAUUUGGCUCUGAGCCUGUUAACCAACUAAUAAUAUGGAAAUAGGCCAAACAAGAAAAUCCUUUCUGUAUCUCAUAUUUUUAAUAUUUAAUAUGUAAGAAACUCGACAGAACGUGCUGUUACAGGAAAACAAUCGAUAACGGUUUAAAUUUUUUUAUUCGAAAUUUCUUUUAUUUCUCUUAUGGAUGCCCACAGCAAUUUACCAGCAAUUAUAAUCGAUUAUUAUAUUGAAGAACACGUCGUACUUUGUAUCCGCUUAUAGUUAAUACAUUAGUUUUUAAUAUGGAACGUCCAAGCACUGUAGUUCCAGUUAUCGCUUACAUUCUAGUAGCUAUAACUAAUCGUUCAAUCGUUUUCCCCUGAAGUUAAUAUUAAAAAUAUAUAAAUAAACAAAAUUCAGCCAAAAUCGUCUGUCCUAAAGACUUUCAUGUGGUGGAAAACCUACAGUGAUUGUUAAAUAAACAUCUUAGAGAAAACGUCACCAAAACUGUAUACAUUUUUUGUUUGUUAAAUAACUUUUAAUCCGUUUCGAAUUUAGACGUAGAGCGUCAUCCUAACUAAUCCCCAUCGGGAAUUCAUCAAAAUUACCUUCAAAUCGCACUCCGUAUAUUUUCUACACAAAAUAUGAAUUUCAGGGUGAAAUAUGAUCAUAUGUUGGGCUUCACACUUCCAACAAAAUGCACUCAAAUAUAAUCACAGAUCACUGAGAGAUACCCGGGUCUUUGGAAAACCGACAUCAAAUUUGAACAGAUUUCCUUGUAAUGAAAAAGAGAAAAAAAAGGAAACAUGUUUGCUAGAAAAGCACUCAUAAUGAACGUCUAAUCGUGCGCUAAGUCUGCAUUACUCAAAGGAGUUAGCUAUUCAGGUUUGUGUAUAAUCCCUAACU